AAUCACAGCUAUCCCCAAAUCAAAUUAUACUGGCCACAGACGCAUCCAAGAAUGAGAAUUCUACUGCGGUGGCGGCUAUAAACUGCUCCUCGAAGGAAGUCAUUAAGGGAACGGUUCACAACAUUAACUCUGUGUUUUCAGGGGAGGGUUUUGCCAUAGCUCUGGCUGUAAUGAACUUUGUCAAAGAACAUAAAGAUUAUAUUUUAUUGACUGACAGUUUAUCUAAUUUGACAGCCCUGAGAUGCCUAAAUUUCCAUUCUCCCAAAAGUGCCCUUUUUGUGGCCCGCGUUAUAUUUGAUGCCUUAAAGACAUGUUCCUCGUUAGAACUGAUAUACACUCCUGCCCACGUUGGAAUUGCAGAAAAUGAACGGGCUGAUGAUUUAGCUAAGCAAGCGUUAACUUCUUCAAAUAUUUGUGACUGGAUCUCGCCCGAAGACACUUGUUCAGUUUAUACUAAAAUCGUACGACAUAAACAAGAUUUAGAAUGGGAAAAUUCUAAAUACUAUGAAAAAUACAAAUGGCUUGUUUCUUUCAAUCUUAAAAAACUUAAGUUAUCUAGACGUAAUGAGGUUUUAAUAUUACGAUUAAUAUCUAGGACUCUUCCAGUAAAUGCAGUUCUUCAUAAAUGUAGGCUCAUUGAAUCACCAAAUUGUGCCCAUUGCCAGAUUCCAGAAACUUGUGAACAUUUUGUUCUUUCUUGCAGUAGAUACGAGUCAGCGAGAAAUUCUCUCCGUGCUAAGUUGGGUUGUGUUCCACUCUCUUUUGACUGGAUUUGUGAUUUCUCCGUACAGGGUCGUGAUAAAGUGAAGGCUAUGUUGGCUUUCUUUGUGGCUUCUGACAGAUUUUAAAAAAAUUUUUGUGAUAUUCGAGUUUUGAUUUUUGUGAACCCGGCACAAGCUAAGAAUCCGUUCAGGAGCAUACGCCGGAAAACAAACCUCAUUCCUUCCUUCCUUCCUUCCUACAGUGUAGAAUAAUUUAUCAUAUUUUAAGUUUUUCUUCAGGUCUUUCUUACCCAAAUAUCCUCGAGUUAUUGUUUGUUUUGACUUUUUUUUACAGAUAAGCACAAUAUGUAUUCUAAAUUUAAGAAUAUGUUUUGGAAUAAACAUAAAAUUGAUGUGCAGCUAAAACGAAUGUUGUCAGGGUUUUCAGAAAAUCAAACUGUAGAAAGUCCACUUUCUGGAAUUCGAGUACUAGAUAUGACAAGAAUUUUAGCUGGUCCAUUUUGUACCAUGAUAUUAGGAGAUUUGGGGGCUGAAAUUAUUAAAGUAGAAAAUCCAGACGGUGGUGAUGAAACCAGAAAUUGGGGUCCACCAUUUGUUAAUGGUGAAAGUACUUACUUUCUUUCUAUAAACAGGAAUAAAAAGAGUAUUUCUAUUGACAUGAAAUUGCCAAAAGGUAGAGAUUUAAUUAAAGAGUUAGCAGUCAAGAGUGAUGUUUUAGUGGAAAAUUUUGUUCCUGGAAAGUUAUCAACUUUUGGAUUAGAUUAUGAGAGUUUGCAUAAAGUUGCACCUCAUCUAGUGUAUUGUUCCAUAACUGGAUAUGGAUCUAGUGGACCGUAUUCAACCCGUCCUGGUUAUGAUGUUAUUGCUGCUUCAGUUGGUGGAUUAUUGCAUAUUACUGGUCCUGAAGAUGGAGAACCAUGCAAAGUUGGAGUUGCCAUGACUGAUUUAUCAACUGGUCUGUAUGCACAUGGAGCAAUUAUGGCUGCUUUACUUCAAAGAUUAAAGACUGGGAAAGGGCAGAAAAUUGAAUGCGACUUACUUUCAACUCAGGUGUCAUUACUGGUAAAUAUAAGUUCAAAUUAUUUGAAUGGUAAAAAGGAAGCUAAACGUUGGGGAACUGCACAUGAAAGUAUUGUUCCAUAUCAAGCUUUUAAGACUAAAGAUGGUUUCAUCACUGUUGGAGCUGGAAGUAACAAGCAGUUUAAAAUUCUUUGUGAAAUUUUAAAUAUUCAGCAUUUUCUAACAGAUUCCAAGUAUCUGAGUAAUAAAGAAAGAGUUGAAAAUCGUAAAGUUUUGAUUUCAGAACUUACAAAUAUUUUCUCACAGAAAACUACUCAACAUUGGAUGAACAUGUUAGAAGAAAGUGGCAUUCCAUAUGGCCCAGUGAAUAACAUGGAACAAGUUUUUAAUGAUCCUCAGGUUCUUCAUAAUAAAAUGAUUCUUGAUAUGAUCCAUCCUACAGCUGGCAAUAUUAAAGUAACAGGGCCAGCAGUUAAAUACAGUGAUAGUGUGAAUGAAGGAAGAUUGCCACCUCCUAUCUUUGCUGAGCAUACCGAUGUGAUAUUAUCCAAAAUCCUUUCUUAUUCUGAGAAUGAAAUUCAAAGUUUAAGAAAAUCUAAAGUGGUUUUAUGAGUCGUUUCAGCUUUUUUGCAAUAUACAAAAAAGUGGUUUUUGUAAAAAAUAUUUUUUAUUCAUUCUUAUUGAUUAUGAUAUUUGUUAUUUGAUUGUUUGCAAAGUAUAAUUAAAAAGUAUUGUUGAUUUCCCAGUAAAUGUUUUAU